AUGCAUAAGCCUAUCUCCUCUUUCAAUAAAGCCUUGCUUCUUUUACUGCUGGGUACAUUGUCAGGAGCAUCAGGAGAGGAGGAGCUGCGGGUGACUCAGCCUGAGCCAUCAGUGUCGGUCGCGGCUGGAGAGGCGGCCACUCUGCGCUGCACCGUGACCUCCCUGCUCCCCGUGGGGCCCAUCCUGUGGUUCAGCGGGGAAGGGCCAGGCCGGGAGCUGAUCUUCAGUUUCAAAGAUGGACAAGAAGUCCACUUCCCCCGGGUAACGCGUAUUGGAAGCACCACAGAGAGAGACCGCAGGGACUUUUCCAUUCUCAUCAGAAACGUCACCACAGCAGACGCCGGCACCUACUACUGUGUCAAGUUCCGGAAAGGGACUCCUGAUGUGGAGUUUAAGUCUGGGGCAGGCACCGAGCUGUCCGUGCGUGCCAAACCCUCGACCCCCAAUGUAACGGGCCCUGCAGCGAGGGCCACACCUGGGCAGACAGUGAGCUUCACCUGUGAGUCCCACGGCUUCUCUCCUCGAAACAUCGUGCUGAAAUGGUUCAAAAACGGGAGUGAGCUCUCAGACUUCCAGACCAACGUGGAGCCCACAGGAGAAAGCAUCUCCUACUACAUCUCCAGCACAGCCCAGGUGGUGCUGGCCCCCGGGGAUGUUCGCUCUCAGGUCAUCUGUGAGGUGGCUCACAUCACCUUGCAGGGUGGCCCUCCUCUCCGUGGGACCGCCAGCUUGUCUGAGACCAUCCGAGUUCCACCUACCUUGGAGGUUACCCAGCUCCCCACGAUAGCAAGGAACCAGGUAAAUGUCACCUGCCAGGUGGGGAAGUUCUACCCCCAGAGACUAAACCUGACCUGGCUGGAGAAUGGAAACGUGUCCCAAACAGAAUCGGCCUCGACCCUCCUGGAGAACAAGGAUGGCACCUAUAACUGGACGAGCUGGCUCCUGGUGAACUCUUUUGCCCACAGGGAGGAUGUGGUGCUCACCUGCCAGGUGCAGCAUGACGGGCAGCCAGCGGUCAGCAGAAGCCACACCCUGGAGGUGUCUGCCCAGCAGAAGGAGCAGGGCACAGAUGCCGCCCCUGGCCGGAGGCCAUCUGCUGCCACUCCGCUCCUCGUAGCUCUCCUCCUAGGCCCCAAGGUGCUGCUGGCAGUUGUCGUCUCUGCCGUCUAUAUGUUCAGGAAGCAGAAGGCCUGA